AUGGCUACCCCUGUUGAAGAGACAAUGGCCACACCUAUUGAAGACAAAAUGGCAACCCCUGUUGAAGAGGAAAUGGCCACUCCUAUUCAAGACAAGAUGGCUACCCCUGAUGAAGACAAGAUGGAAACACCUGAUGAAGAAAAGACACUAGCCCUAACCCAAUAUGAAGACAAAACAGCAACUCCCUAUGAAAACAAUGAGGUGGCAAUUCCAGAAGCACAGCCUAACAAGCGAAGGAAAAAGAAGUCCAUAGUCUGGGAGCAUUUCACCAUAGAAACUGUGAGUGCUGGAUGUAGGAGGGCAUGCUGCAACCAAUGCAAGCAAAGUUUUGCGUAUAGUACGGGUGCAAAAGUAGCAGGUACUAGCCACCUCAAACGCCACAUCGCCAAGGGGACUUGCCCAGCACUUCUCCGUAACCAGAACAAUAGUCAAUCGUCCCCAUAUACCCCAUCUCCAAGGGGUGGUAGCUCUUCCAAUCCACCUAAAAGGCGUUACCGAACUCCUAGUACACCCCAAAUUAUGUUUGAUCCAGACCGUUGCCGCCAUGAGAUUGCAAGGAUGAUUAUCAUGCAUGAUUACCCACUGCAUAUGGUUGAACAUCCUGGUUUUGUAGCUUUUGUCCAGAAUCUUCAGCCACGGUUCAACAUGGUGAGCUUCAAUACUGUUCAAGGAGAUUGCGUUGCAACAUACCUAAUGGAAAAGCAAAGUCUUACCAAGUUUAUUGAGGGCAUACCUGGACGUGUUUGCCUUACAUUGGACAUGUGGACUUCCUCUCAAAGUGUGGGUUAUGUGUUUAUUACUGGGCACUUCAUUGAUACUGACUGGAAGUUGCACAGGCGGCUGCUCAAUGUUGUGAUGGAACCAUAUCCUGACUCAGAUACUGUGCUUAGUCACGCUGUUGCUGUUUGCCUUCAUGAUUGGAGUUUGGAAAGCAAGUUAUUUUCAAUCACUUAUGAUCGGCCAUUGAGUGAGGCUGCUCUUGCAAAUUUAAGGCCUCUUAUCCCUAUCAAGAACCCACAUAUCCUCAAUGGUCAGUUAUUGGUGGGAAAUUGCAUUGCCCGCACUUUGAGUAGCAUUGCAACAGAAGUGUUAGCGGCAGGGGAAGAUACAGUGAAAAAAAUCCGGGACAGUGUCAAGUAUGUGAAGACGUCAGAGUCCCAUGAGGAGAAAUUUCUCGAGCUUAAGAAUCAGCUUCAAGUCCCAAGUGAAAGGACCCUAUCUCUUGACGACCAAACUCAAUGGAAUACAACGUAUGAGAUGCUGGUGGCCGCUUCUGAAUUAAAGGAAGUGUUUUCUUGCUUGGAUACAUCUGAUUCUGAUUACAAACAUGCCCCGUCGUUGGAAGAUUGGAAGCAAGUUGAUACUCUCUGCACAUACUUGAAACUUAUCUUUGAUGCAGCCAACAUCCUUACCACUACAUCAAACCCAACUGCAGUUACCUUCUUCCAUGAAGUGUGGAGGAUUCAGACAGAGCUGGUUCGUACAAUUACAAGUGAGGAUCCCUUCAUUAGCAGCCUAACUAAGGUAAUGCAAGAUAGGAUUGAAAAAUACUGGAAGAACUGUAGCCUGGCUUUGGCAACAGCGGUAGUUAUGGAUCCCAGGUUCAAGAUGAAGCUUGUCGAGUUCAGUUUCAACAAAAUUUACGGUGAAGAAGCUCCAACAUUUAUCAAGAUUGUUGAUGAUGGAAUUCAUGAGCUCUUCCAUGAAUACUUGACACUGCCUUUGCCUCUCACACCAACUUAUGCAGAUGACGGAACUGGGGGAGCCAACGUCAAGACAGAGGAUUCCCAAGGAGGAACUCUUCUGACAGACAAUGGACUCACGGAUUUUGAUAUGUACAUCAUGGAGACUACUAGCCAACAGAUGAAGUCAGAGCUGGAUCAGUAUUUGGACGAGUCUCUGUUGCCUCGAGUCCAUGAAUUUGAUGUGUUGGGCUGGUGGAAACUGAACAAGAUGAAGUACCCGACACUUUCAAAGAUGGCUCGUGAUAUUUUGUCAAUUCCGGUAUCCACAGUUCCUUCUGAGUCUGUUUUUGAUACCAUUGCCAAAGAGAUGGAUCAGUACAGGAGUUCUUUACGACCAGAGACAGUGGAAGCCCUUAUAUGCGCCAAGGAUUGGAUGCAGCAUGGAUCGGCAGAAGCUCCAAAUAAUGCACUAGUGAGAAUGGAAUAUUAG